GAAACCGAUACCGAUACAACAGAACCACAAAUGAAGACGCGACAGCGCCGACACUCAUUGGAGUAUCUAUAUUGUCUUGUUACACUUCAAUUUCACUUGUUGUACUAUAUAUUGAAGUGCUCGAGUGACUGUCUUAAUUAAUGGCAUCCAAGGGCGGCCGCCGAAUGGCAUAAAAGCCACAGCAAGGAAGAAAAGAUCAUCUUGCAAUUCGUGCAAUGUCCUCUCCCAAAGUCUGGUUCAUAACGGGGACGUCCUCAGGAUUUGGAAGACUCAUGACAGAGUAUGCCCUCGACAAAGGAGACAUCGUAGUAGCAACCCUCCGCAAACCACAAGUCCUAUCCGAUCUUGCAGCCCGAUACCCAGCAGACAAGCUCCUCGUACUCAAAGUCGACGUCACAAAGCAGGAAGACAUCGAUGAAGCAUUCGCGCGUACGCGUUCAGCGUUCGGACGGCUGGACGUAGUGUUCAACAAUGCCGGAUAUUCGAUUCUCACAGAAAUCGAAGGCACGCCCGUUCAUAAAGCGCGCGAGCUUUUCGAGACAAAUUUUUGGGGCGCGACGAACGUUAGUCGUGCUGCAGUGAAGUUUUUUAGAGAGGUGAAUGAACGGGGCAAGGGGGGGACCAUUCUUCAAAUCAGUUCGAUUGGUGGGUUUCAUGCCUUUCCUCAAAACGGUUAUUAUGCUGCGACUAAACAUGCACUAGAAGGCUUCACGGACAGCCUCGAGAGAGAGCUACCGCCUUCAUGGAACAUAAAGAUCUGCAUCAUUGAACCUGGCGUGUUCCACACAGACGUCUUGAGCAAGGCAGAGGUGUUACCACAGCAUCCAGCAUAUACCGAUGAGUCCUUUGAGACUUCAGUAAUACGUCGUAAGCUGGUCGGCGCGGUACUCGAAGGAGAUGCAGAUAAAUUCACGCGGACCGUUUAUGAGGUCGUACAAGGAGGAAAUAUACCAAAGCGGUUGCCGAUGGGGUUGGAUGCGAUCGAGUUGUUGAAUGGCAAGAUCGAGUCAUUGAAGGCGACUGUGGCUGAGACGAAGGGGUUGUCGGUGGAUUUGAAGAGAGAUGGUGGGGGAAUUGGGAUUUUGUGAGGUGCAUGAGUUCUCUGAUGAAUAAGUGUCAUACCGCCCAAGAUAGUUUUGAUUGUCUUUAUGAUCCGAGAUAGGGCUCCGUGAAAAACUACGAGGUUAAAAACACUCUGGGUUUUUAACGUGUUUUUAACAUGUUAAAAACAUGUCAAGAACGGAGGUCGAUAUUCAGGCCCAGUGAGAACCGGCCCUCACCGUAUCGACGGAAAACGACGGGUAUAUUUACAAAUAUUGUCAAAGCUACGCAAAUCGUGAAUUUAACAUAUUAUCGAGAAAGUUGAC